AAAUUUGUUGUUUACUUUCUUUGCUGGCUUAUUUUACAGGUGACUAUUUAUAAAUGAGGCAUUGGCUGUCAGUGUGACCAUGUUUCUCUGAAAGAAGACAAAAAUGUUGAGAAAAAUACGUUAAAAAAAAAAUAAUCACAGAAGAUUACGAAUGACCGAGUGGUUUUCACAGGAGCGUGGCAGAAAGUGACAGAGCACACAAUACCAGUGUCUAUGUGUGAGAAUACCAGAGCAAUGGAGAACUUGGAGGAUAAAAUAUGUGCUUUCCUAAAGAGAAAGGAAGCUGGGGCCCCGUUAAAGGCCUUGGAGAUCGCCAAAGGUGUGGGGCUGAAGACAGCCAAAGACGUUAACAAGGCCCUGUACAGCUUACAGGGGAAGGGUCGUCUGCAGAAAGUAGGGGACAGCCCGCCACUCUGGUCUCUAGGGGGGCCUUCUCGGUCUGCUGCGGUGAAUGACACGCCCAACCCCACUGGCACUCCCUCAAAGCACAAAAUAAAGACAAUUCUGAAGUCACACACCGGCCGUGAAGGAGUUACAGCCAAGGAACUGGCGAGGGAUUUGAAUCAACCGAGCAGAGCUGUUAACGCCCAACUGUACGACAUGCUGAGCAGGGGAGAGGUGGAGAAAUCCCGCUUGUCUAAAGAUGGUUCUUUCUCCUGGAAGUGCACUGAUGAAGAUGGCAGCAACAAUAACAGCAAACUUUGGCGUGACGCCCCAGGUGACUCAAUAACGUCAACAGUCGAUGAAAGCAGUGACAGUGACACAUCUGUUUCAACUUUCUCAUGGUUUCAGAAGAACUACAGUUCAGUAAAGAAGCUUGGUGAAGGUGGCUUUGGGUCCGUUUUUAUAGCGAAAAAAAAGAUUGAUGAGACCUACUAUGCGAUUAAGGUGGUAGAAUUUGACAAGCAUGCAUCACGUGAAGUCAAAGCUUUGGCACACUUUAACCAUCCCAACAUUGUGCGUUACUUCACAGCUUGGGAAGAAUCAAGUCCCCUACAGUCCAGUGAAAGCGGAGAGUAAUGAGACAUGCUUAUGAGCUAAUUCUUCGCUCUUAUUAAGUCAUGUUUGUUUUGUGCAAAUAAAUACACGUUUUUAGUGAUGGUCAACAUUUUUUUUUCAGGUCAACAGAUGAAGAGGACGAAACAGAGUCAACAAACGCAUCCAGCAAAUCAAACAGUGCCCCCAAGACCUACCUCUACAUUCAAAUGGAGUACUGUGGCAGAGGGACACUGAGUAAAUGGAUUACUGAAAGGAACCGCGGGGUAACCAG